AUGUUUGUGGGGGGGUGGUGGUGUUGGUGGGGUGUUGGGGUGUGUUGGUUGUGGGGGGGGUGGUUGAGUGGGUUGGUGAUUUGUUUGUGUGGGGGGGUUUGUUGUGUUGGUGGGUUGGUGGGGGGGGUGGGUGGUGGUUUGUUGGGUGUUUUUUUGUUUUUUUGGUUUGGGUGUUUUGUUGGGGGGGUUUGGGGGGGUUUGUGGGUUUUUUUGUGUUUGGGUUUUGUGUGUUUGUUGUGGGGGUGGGUGUGGGUUGGUUGUUUGUUUGGUGUGGUUGGUUUGGGUUUGGUUUUUGGGUUGUGUUGUUGGUGUGUGUGUGUGUUAUUUGGUGUUGGUGGUGGGUUGUGGUUUGUUUUUUUGGGGUUGUGGUGUUUGGGUUUGUUUUGGUUGUGGGUUGUGGUGGGUUGUGGUUUAGGGGUUUGGGGGGUGUGGGGUUUUUUUUGGGGUUGGUUUGGGGGGGGUGGGGGGUGGGGGGUUUUGGGUGGUGGGGGGGGGUGGGUGUGGGGGGGUGGUUUGGUGGGUGGGGGGGUGGUGGGGUUGGGUGUGGGGUGGUUGGGGGUGUGUUGGGGGUGGGGGGGUGGGGGGGGGGUGUGGGGGGUGGGGGGGGUGGGGUUGUGGGGGGUGUGGGGUGGUUUGGGGGGUGGGGGGGGUGGGGGGGUGGGGGGUUGGGGGGUGUGGGGGGGUGGGUUGUUUGGUUGUUUUGGGUGGUUGGUUGGUUGGGGUUGGUUGGGGGGUGGUUGUUUUGGUUUGUGGGUUUGGUUUUGUGGUGGUGGUGUUGUGUUGUGGUUGGGGGUUGUUUUGUUUUUGGUUGGGUUUUGUUUGGGUGGGUUUGGGGGGGGGGGGGUGGUGUGGAGUAGUGUUGGGGUGUUUGGUUGUGGUUGGGUGUUGGGGGGUUGGGAUUAUUUAGUGUAUGAUUGUUGGUUUUGUUGA